AUGUCCUCUCAAGUUGACCUCUCCUUCAAGUUGAGCUAUGAGCUGUCCUCUCUAGAUGAGCUGUCCUCUCUAGAUGAGCUGUCGUCUCUAGAUGAGCUGUCCUCUCAAGUUGAGCUGCCCUCUCAAGUUGAGCUCUCCUCUCAAGUUAAGCUGUCCUCUCAAGUUGAGCUGUCCUCUCAAGUUGAGCUGUCCUCUCAACUUGAGCUGACCUCUCAAGUUGUGCUGUCCUCUCUAGUUGAGCUCUCCUCUCAACUUGAGCUGUCCUCUGAAGUUGAGCUGUCCUCUGAAGUGGAGCUGUCCUCUCAAGUUAAGCUGUCCUCUCAAGUUGAGAUGUCCUCUCAAGUUGACCUCUCCUUCAAGUUGAGCUUUGAGCUGUCCUCUGAUGUUGAGCUGUCCUCUGAUGUUGAGCUGUCCUCUCUAGAAGAGCUGUCCUCUCUAGAUGAGCUGUCCUCUCUAGAUGAGCUGUCCUCUCUAGAUGAGCUGUCCUCUCUAGAUGAGCUGUCCUCUCUAGAUGAGCUGUCCUCUCUAGAUGAGCUGUCCUCUCUAGAUGAUCUGUCCUCUCAAGUUGAGCUGACCUCUCAAGUUGUGCUGUCCUCUCUAGUUGAGCUGUCCUCUCAACUUGAGCUGUCCUCUGAAGUUGAGCUGUCCUCUGAAGUUGAGAUGUCCUCUCAAGUUAAGCUGUCCUCUCAAGAUGAGUUGUCCUCUCAAGUUGAGAUGUCCUCUCAAGUUGACCUCUUCUUCAAGUUGAGCUAUGAGCUGUCCUCUCUAGAUGAGCUGUCCUCUCUAGAUGAGCUGUCCUCUCUAGAUGAGCUGUCCUCUCAAGUUGAGCUGCCCUCUCAAGUUGAGCUCUCCUCUCAAGUUAAGCUGUCCUCUCAAGUUGAGCUGUCCUCUCAAGUUGAGCUGUCCUCUCAACUUGAGCUGACCUCUCAAGUUGUGCUGUCCUCUCUAGUUGAGCUCUCCUCUCAACUUGAGCUGUCCUCUGAAGUUGAGCUGUCCUCUGAAGUUGAGCUGUCCUCUCAAGUUAAGCUGUCCUCUCAAGUUGAGAUGUCCUCUCAAGUUGACCUCUCCUUCAAGUUGAGCUAUGAGCUGUCCUCUCUAGAUGAGCUGCCCUCUCUAGAUGAGCUGUCCUCUCUAGAUGAGCUGUCCUCUCAAGUUGAGCUGUCCUCUCAAGUUGAGCUGUCCUCUCAAGUUGAGCUGUCCUCUCAAGUUGAGCAGUCCUCUGAUGUUGAGCUGUCCUCUCUACAUGAGCUGUCCUCUCUAGAUGAGCUGUCCUCUCAAGUUGAGCUGUCCUCUCAAGUUGAGCUGUCCUCUCAAGUAGAGCUGUCCUCUCAACUUGAGCUGUCCUCUCAACUUGAGCUGACCUCUCAACUGUCCUCUGAUGUUGAGCUGUCCUCUCUAGAUGAGCUGUCCUCUCUAGAUGAGCUGUCCUCUCUAGAUGAGCUGUCCUCUCUAGAUGAGCUGUCCUCUCAAGUUGAGCUGCCCUCUCAAGUUGAGCUCUCCUCUCAAGUUAAGCUGUCCUCUCAAGUUGAGCUGUCCUCUCAAGUUGAGCUGUCCUCUCAACUUGAGCUGACCUCUCAAGUUGUGCUGUCCUCUCUAGUUGAGCUCUCCUCUCAACUUGAGCUGUCCUCUGAAGUUGAGCUGUCCUCUGAAGUUGAGCUGUCCUCUCAAGUUGAGCUGUCCUCUCAAGCUGAGCUGUCCUCUCAAGUUGAGCUGUCCUCUCAAGUUGAGCUGUCCUCUCAAGUUGAGCUGUCCUCUCAAGUUGAGCUGUCCUGUCAAGUUGAGCUGUCCUCUCAAGUUGAGCUGUCCCCUCAACUUGAGCUGUCCUCUCAACUUGAGCUGACCUCUCAAGUUGUGCUGUCCUCUCUAGUUGUGCUGUCCUCUCUAGUUGAGCUGUCCUCUCAACUUGAGCUGUCCUCUGAAGUUGAGCUGUCCUCUGAAGUUGAGCUGUCCUCUGAAGUUGAGCUGUCCUCUCAAUCCUCUGAUGUUGAGCUGUCCUCUCUAGAUGAGCUGUCCUCUCAAGUUGAGCUGUCCUCUCAAGUUGAGCUGUCCUCUCAAGUUGAGCUGUCCUCUCAAGUUGAGCUGUCCUCUCAACUUGAGCUGUCCUCUCAAGUUGAGCUGUCCUCUCAACUUGAGCUGUCCUCUCAACUUGAGCUGACCUCUCUAGUUGUGCUGUCCUCUCUAGUUGAGCUGUCCUCUCAACUUGAGCUGUCCUCUGAAGUUGAGCUGCCCUCUGAAGUUGAGCUGUCCUCUCAAGUUAAGCUGUCCUCUCACGUUGAGCUGUCCUCUCAAGUUGAGAUGUCCUCUUAUGUUGACCUCUCCUUCAAGUUGAGCAUUGAGCUGUCCUCUGAUGUUGAGCUGUCCUCUGAUGUCGAGCUGUCCUCUCUAGAUGAGCUGUCCUCUCUAGAUGAGCUGUCCUCUCUAGAUGAGCUGUCCUCUCUAGAUGAGCUGUCCUCUCUAGAUGAGCUGUCCUCUCUAGAUGAGCUGUCCUCUCUAGAUGAGCUGUCCUCUCUAGAUGAGCUGUCCUCUCUAGAUGAGCUGUCCUCUCUAGAUGAUCUGUCCUCUCAAGUUGAGCUGACCUCUCAAGUUGUGCUGUCCUCUCUAGUUGAGCUGUCCUCUCAACUUGAGCUGUCCUCUGAAGUUGAGCUGUCCUCUGAAGUUGAGAUGUCCUCUCAAGUUAAGCUGUCCUCUCAAGUUGAGUUGUCCUCUCAAGUUGAGAUGUCCUCUCAAGUUGACCUCUUCUUCAAGUUGAGCUAUGAGCUGUCCUCUCUAGAUGAGCUGUCCUCUCUAGAUGAGCUGUCCUCUCUAGAUGAGCUGUCCUCUCAAGUUGAGCUGCCCUCUCAAGUUGAGCUCUCAUCUCAAGUUAAGCUGUCCUCUCAAGUUGAGCUGUCCUCUCAAGUUGAGCUGUCCUCUCAACUUGAGCUGACCUCUCAAGUUGUGCUGUCCUCUCUAGUUGAGCUCUCCUCUCAACUUGAGCUGUCCUCUGAAGUUGAGCUGUCCUCUGAAGUUGAGCUGUCCUCUCAAGUUAAGCUGUCCUCUCAAGUUGAGAUGUCCUCUCAAGUUGACCUCUCCUUCAAGUUGAGCUAUGAGCUGUCCUCUCUAGAUGAGCUGUCCUCUCUAGAUGAGCUGUCCUCUCUAGAUGAGCUGUCCUCUCUAGAUGAGCUGUCCUCUCUAGAUGAGCUGUCCUCUCUAGAUGAUCUGUCCUCUCAAGUUGAGCUGACCUCUCAAGUUGUGCUGUCCUCUCUAGUUGAGCUGUCCUCUCAACUUGAGCUGUCCUCUGAAGUUGAGCUGUCCUCUGAAGUUGAGAUGUCCUCUCAAGUUAAGCUGUCCUCUCAAGUUGAGUUGUCCUCUCAAGUUGAGAUGUCCUCUCAAGUUGACCUCUUCUUCAAGUUGAGCUAUGAGCUGUCCUCUCUAGAUGAGCUGUCCUCUCUAGAUGAGCUGUCCUCUCUAGAUGAGCUGUCCUCUCAAGUUGAGCUGCCCUCUCAAGUUGAGCUCUCAUCUCAAGUUAAGCUGUCCUCUCAAGUUGAGCUGUCCUCUCAAGUUGAGCUGUCCUCUCAACUUGAGCUGACCUCUCAAGUUGUGCUGUCCUCUCUAGUUGAGCUCUCCUCUCAACUUGAGCUGUCCUCUGAAGUUGAGCUGUCCUCUGAAGUUGAGCUGUCCUCUCAAGUUAAGCUGUCCUCUCAAGUUGAGAUGUCCUCUCAAGUUGACCUCUCCUUCAAGUUGAGCUUUGAGCUGUCCUCUGAUGUUGAGCUGUCCUCUGAUGUUGAGCUGUCCUCUCUAGAUGAGCUGUCCUCUCUAGAUGAGCUGUCCUCUCUAGAUGAGCUGUCCUCUCUAGAUGAGCUGUCCUCUCUAGAUGAGCUGUCCUCUCUAGAUGAGCUGUCCUCUCUAGAUGAGCUGUCCUCUCUAGAUGAGCUGUCCUCUCUAGAUGAGCUGUCCUCUCUAGAUGAUCUGUCCUCUCAAGUUGAGCUGACCUCUCAAGUUGUGCUGUCCUCUCUAGUUGAGCUGUCUUCUCAACUUGAGCUGUCCUCUGAAGUUGAGCUGUCCUCUGAAGUUGAGAUGUCCUCUCAACUGUCCUCUCUAGAUGAGCUGUCCUCUCUACAUGAGCUGUCCUCUCAAGUUGAGCUGUCCUCUCAAGUUGAGCUGUCCUCUCAAGUUGAGCUGUCCUCUCAAGUUGAGCUGUCCUCUCAAGUUGAGCUGUCCUCUCAAGUUAAGCUGUCCUCUCAAGUUGAGCUGUCCUCUCAAGUUGAGCUGUCCUCUCAAGUUGAGCUGUCCUCUCAAGUUGAGCUGUCCUCUCAACUUGAGCUGACCUCUCAAGUUGUGCUGUCCUCUCUAGUUGAGCUAUCCUCUCAACUUGAGCUGUCCUCUGAAGUUGAGCUGUCCUCUGAAGUUGAGCUGUCCUCUCAAGUUAAGCUGUCCUCUCAAGACGAGAUGUCCUCUCAACUGUCCUCUCUAGAUGAGCUGUCCUCUCUAGAUGAGCUGUCCUCUCUAGAUGAGCUGUCCUCUCUAGAUGAGCUGUCCUCUCAAGUUGAGCUGCCCUCUCAAGUUGAGCUCUCCUCUCAAGUUAAGCUGUCCUCUCAAGUUGAGCUGUCCUCUCAAGUUGAGCUGUCCUCUCAACUUGAGCUGACCUCUCAAGUUGUGCUGUCCUCUCUAGUUGAGCUCUCCUCUCAACUUGAGCUGUCCUCUGAAGUUGAGCUGUCCUCUGAAGUUGAGCUGUCCUCUCAAGUUAAGCUGUCCUCUCAAGUUGAGAUGUCCUCUCAAGUUGACCUCUCCUUCAAGUUGAGCUAUGAGCUGUCCUCUCUAGAUGAGCUGUCCUCUCAAGUUGAGCUGUCCUCUCAAGUUGAGCUGUCCUCUCAAGUUGAGCUGUCCUCUCAAGUUGAGCUGUCCUCUCAAGUUGAGCUGUCCUCUCAAGUUGAGCUCUCCUCUCAAGUUAAGCUGUCCUCUCAAGUUAAGCUGUCCUCUCAAGUUGAGCUGUCCUCUCAAGUUGAGCUGUCCUCUCAACUUGAGCUGUCCUCUCAACUUGAGCUGUCCUCUCAACUUGAGCUGACCUCUCAAGUUGUGCUGUCCUCUCUAGUUGAGCUGUCCUCUCAACUUGAGCUGUCCUCUGAAGUUGAGCUGUCCUCUGAAUCCUCUGAUGUUGAGCUGUCCUCUCUAGAUGAGCUGUCCUCUCUAGAUGAGCUGUCCUCUCAAGUUGAGCUGUCCUCUCAAGUUGAGCUGUCCUCUCAAGUUGAGCUGUCCUCUCAACUUGAGCUGUCCUCUCAACUUGAGCUGACCUCUCAAGUUGUGCUGUCCUCUCUAGUUGAGCUGUCCUCUCAACUUGAGCUGUCCUCUGAAGUUGAGCUGUCCUCUGAAGUUGAGCUGUCCUCUCAAGUUAAGCUGUCCUCUCACGUUGAGCUGUCCUCUCACGUUGAGCUGACCUCUCAAGUUGAGAUGUCCUCUUAUGUUGACUUCUCCUUCAAGUUGAGCAUUGAGCUGUCCUCUGAUGUUGAGCUGUCCUCUGAUGUUGAGCUGUCCUCUCUAGAUGAGCUGUCCUCUCUAGAUGAGCUGUCCUCUCUAGAUGAGCUGUCCUCUCUAGAUGAGCUGUCCUCUCUAGAUGAGCUGUCCUCUCUAGAUGAGCUGUCCUCUCUAGAUGAGCUGUCCUCUCUAGAUGAGCUGUCCUCUCUAGAUGAGCUGUCCUCUCUAGAUGAUCUGUCCUCUCAAGUUGAGCUGACCUCUCAAGUUGUGCUGUCCUCUCUAGUUGAGCUGUCUUCUCAACUUGAGCUGUCCUCUGAAGUUGAGCUGUCCUCUGAAGUUGAGAUGUCCUCUCAAGUUAAGCUGUCCUCUCAAGUUGAGUUGUCCUCUCAAGUUGAGAUGUCCUCUCAAGUUGACCUCUUCUUCAAUCGAGAUGUCCUCUCAAGUAGACCUCUCCUUCAAAUUGAGCUGUCCUCUGAUGUUGAGCUGUCCUCUCUAGAUGAGCUGUCCUCUCUAGAUGAGCUGUCCUCUCUAGAUGAGCUGUCCUCUCUAGAUGAGCUGUCCUCUCAAGUUGAGCUGCCCUCUCAAGUUGAGCUCUCCUCUCAAGUUAAGCUGUCCUCUCAAGUUGAGCUGUCCUCUCAAGUUGAGCUGUCCUCUCAACUUGAGCUGACCUCUCAAGUUGUGCUGUCCUCUCUAGUUGAGCUCUCCUCUCAACUUGAGCUGUCCUCUGAAGUUGAGCUGUCCUCUGAAGUUGAGCUGUCCUCUCAAGUUAAGCUGUCCUCUCAAGUUGAGAUGUCCUCUCAAGUUGACCUCUCCUUCAAGUUGAGCUGUCCUCUGAUGUUGAGCUUUCCUCUCUAG